AUCUGGCAUCGUGUGCGCCUCGUCAUUUGUUUUUGUGUUGUUCUUUUUUUUAAAGAUUCGUUAAAUUAGUAGUAAACGUGAAGCAAUGGGUGGAAAAACUAAACAAGCACAACGUACAAAAAACAACACAAAACCUUCUAGCAGCCGCCGGACUGCUGAACUCUUGGGUGCUAGCACUACGCCAUUUGUUAGUUUUUCUGCUUUUACAGAAGGAUUGCCUAUUACUUCAGGCUUCGGAUGUGUCGAGCAAUCGCUUGAUGCCAACAUCAGUCCUCAAACACAAAUAAUACUACGCAAACUAUCCAAGAAGGAUCCUAUGACAAAAAAGAAAGCCCUGCAAGAGCUGCUUGAGGUAAUCUCCGAAUCAGAAUUGGAUACGUUGAAGAGCAUACUGCCGCUGUGGCCCAAAUACUACUACAACUUGGCAAAUGACAUUGAACACAAUGUGCGCGAACUGGCGCAGACGGUGCUGCAGCUUUUAAUGUCCAAAUGCAAACGAGCUAUGGCUCCAUAUCUGAAGCAGUUAGUACCUGUUUGGUUGGCAAGUCAUUUUGAUAACUAUGCACCGGCGGCCAGCAUAGCGUGCAAUUCUUUUCGCGAAACAUUUACCGGCACUUCGAAUCGAACCCAAGAGGUUUGCUUGCAUUGUCAAACAGAAAUACUCGAGUUCAUUACGCGCAAUUUGACAUUUCAUACGGCCGCUACGCUAUCCGUAGGCAAGAGCCUGACACCAGAGGAGGCAGAGCAAAAGCUUCAAAGGGUUGUGAUUAGUAGUCUAAGAUGCCUAUCAUUUUUCUUGGAACAUACCUCGCAGGCUGAAGAUUUAACGCAGGUGAAGCAGGGCCUGAUCGCGUUGUUGGAACAAAAUAAAUUUUGGAGCUUUGCCAAGAAUAAAAUUCCGGCCAUCAAGGCUGCCUGGUUCGAAUGUGUUUAUCACAUAAUACUGUCGCCGGAUCUAGUUGAAAUUGUCAUACCAAAAAAAUCGCAACUGAUUACAACCACUUUUCAGUACAUAGACGACGCAGAUCCUUUGGUCGCGCCACAUGUUUGGGGCUGCGUGUUGCUUCUGCAAAGUAACUUCGAUGAUUGGUACACGCCGCUCAACAUUCGCAAGGCCUUGUUGCCCAAAUUGUCAUCGCUGUUGCGCAAUGCGUUCAACCAUAACGCUCAGGCUAUUUGCCCCAAUCUGUUACCAUUUUUGUCCAAAAUAACUGACGCCAGCUUGCAAGAUGUUGAUCUCUAUGAAUUUUACAUUAGGUUCUUUAGCGAUAUGAAACUGGCGAUAACCGAAAAGUUUAAUCCGCCACUCUCAAAGUCAGAAUGUGCUGUGAUCAACAACGCCUACUUCGAAUGUUUGCGUUUUUGUAUGCAGCAGAUCAACAAUAAUGCGGACCGCACCACUGAAUUGGACGUAUUUGCACAUAAACUUCUGCAACAGCAGUUGUUGGAGCCCAUUGCUUUGUUGCUCCAUAAUGAAAAUGGACAUCUGAAGUUUUUCUUUCAGCACAGCUCUGCCCUAAUGGCCUUUUGGGAUCGUCAGUGUGUUAAUGAUGUCGAUAGAGACUCUCUCUAUGCUCAAUUGCUUAAUAAGUUCUGGACUAAAGUUUUCCAACUAGUCACAGAAGAACUAGAAACAGAUGUGAUCGAUGAGGAUCUAUUAUCCCAUGUCUUGCUGCUAUUGCAGGAGUUGUAUGUUGCCAAUCCCAGUCUGGAAACACAGUCAGUUAAGUUUGUCGAAGCGAGCAAAGAGGAAAGAAGCCAAAUAGAUCCUGCAGAGUCAAGCAAAGUUACCAAAAAGGGUAACGGGAGUGCAUCCUUUAUACAAAAAGAACUAAAACAACUGGUGGGCAAGCUGGUGCGCAUAUGUCUGGAUAAGGCCAGUGCUCAAAAGUCAUCACGCUUCGUUCGAGAGCUCCGCACUUUGACUAAAAUGUUUACCGAUGUGUCAUUCUUUGAGAGCCUCACUGACCAGGGCGACUUGCACGCUACUCUGGACAAGUUUGUUGCGUUGCUAUCACAGCCAAACGACGAGUACUGCGAUUCUUUAGUGGACAUUGUAUUUGAGAUAUUGGCGCUACAGCAGCCGUUGGAUCGUUUAGACUACAUUGCGCAAAAGCUACUUCAGUUAAAAAAUCAUCGCGUACAACAUCUGGUGCUGCAUCGACUGCUAAGCUAUCCUCUAUGCGCGGAGCCUGCCAUCCGUGAAAUGUUGACCUCACAGGCUACUUGUGCGACCAUUGCACGCAUUGCUGAGGAAGUCGUGGUAGAUGGCAAUCGGGAAAAGUUGAAUUUGUUACACAAAUGCUUCUUUCAAACGGACACUGGAGAUAUUUUAAUUAAUGCUUCCACUGUAGAUACAAUUUUACUGACGAUGAGCAGUCCACUAGAGCAGGCGCCUGCCAGCGAAACGGUUGAAAUGUGUGGAAGCUUCAUUGCACAGAUCAUGCCUGUUAUAUGCAGCAAUGACAACUCUUCGAUAGGAGUACGUCAAAAAAUAUUUCUGCGCCUUUACCGAUUCAGUUUAGAGUUCAGGUCAGGCGACUAUCUUUCCGAGGACACGCUGUGGGAGAUUACAACUUGCUGGCAGGAUGCACUUUCCAGCAAAGACAUAGAAAUUGAUGAUAUGCUCCUGGAAAGUUGCGCACGUAUUAUACAAGAACUGGCUUAUGUGGACGUCCUAGGUUUUAGGUCAGUGGAAGACAUGUCGGAAGCCAUAGCCAAGUUUGUCAUAUGCUCCACAGAAAAUAUAGAGGAAGAAGCGGAGCGUAUAAAGCGUAUAGAUGAGACCAUUGUGGCGCUCUUCACAUCUGAUGAGAACAGCCCCAAGAACAUCAUGCAAUUUGAGCAGCAUUGUGUCUAUUUAGAAUCGCUGCACUCUGUGGUUACUGCCGGCGUGCCUUUUGAUUGCGCAGCUCAGGACCCAGAAAAGAUUUCAGCACUGCUCCGACGAACCGCAAUCAAUUUUGCAACAUUGUGCAAGCUCGUGUGUCGUGUGGACAAUGCUGUAACUGACCAAAAUCAGACAGUUGAAGCGGAGAAUGAGCUUACGGAUGAUUACUGUGAUCCUAAUGCAAAUCUACUCCUGCACAGGAGUGAGCCUCUCAUUUCGGAGCUUCUGAAGUGUGUUCACGUAGCAGUAGCGGCAGACGCUUGGCUGGAAAUUUCAUUACAAUUAGAUAGGGCUGACGAGGAUUUGGUGCUCGGUCUAUCAGAGAAGCUGCGCAGCUUUCUGGGCAAUAGCAGUGAGAUUGCGGGCGCAGUUAAGGAUCGGUUGUUGCAGGCGGCAUUGCAGCAGUCAAGUGUAAUCAAUUGUCGAGCCUUGAGCUACUUUGUGCAUUACUCGCAGUAUGCGGCAUUUGAAGAUAAUGCCACAAUUUUGCUUCACGAAGAUUUGGCGGAGACGCUGGUGUUGCAAAAAGCCCUGAAGGCUUAUGUCAUGGCAUUGCAGUACCUGCUGCCGAAAUUGUCUCAAAAAUCAUUGGGCUUGAACAGUGCUAUAAUGCGCACGGAACCACCAGAUAUGUGGGUGAAAGCGGCAGUGUUUCGUUGUAUGCUGCUCAACAAUUUUGAUUCCGACUUGAACGAGAAAAGCGAUCGCAAUAUCAUCGCAUCGACUUUGCAAUUCAUUACAAGUGUUAACGAGCAGCAGUUUGCCCAGAAAGAGCUUCUGCACUACAAUAUAGAAAUAUGUGAACAACCAUAUGAAUCCGUGCUGAACACUGUAGAGUACAUAAAAUUGCUCAAUGAGGUCCUGCAACGUUUUCCUUAUGAGCUGACUAUGAAAAAUUGGGAUGCUAUUCGGAUUGGCCUUGGUUCCUGGGUACUGACUGUAUCGAAAUCCAUCCAGAACUAUCGUGAUCCAAAAACUUCCUUCUUUAUUGUCGCUGUUUAUCAAUUGUUUGCUACGCUCGUUACAUUUGUUCGCUCGGAAAAGCAGAAGAGCUCCACUGAAACGCUAAAAACAGUCAUUGACGAAUGGGAAAACUUGUUUGCCCGCGAAGUCAAUGUAGUGCUCUUUAAAUCCUAUUAUGAGAUCACACAUGAUGUUGAAGUAGAGCCCGAUUUUCGUGCUUGCUACGAGGCCUUGUUGGAGCUCAUCACCCCCACGAUUGAGUUCGUCGACUAUGGUUUUGUAUAUGCGUUUUGUAAAAGCCCUGCUUCCAAAAAAAUUAGUCUGGAUCACUUGUGCAACUUUCUGCUGAAACAACUAUAUUUUAAACAGCAUUGUGUCCGAAUAAAUGCUGUGUAUGCGAUACGCCAACUUACAUCGCACUUUGUGGCCGAUGAUGUAGAAUUGAACGACAAGCAAACUGAUAAUAUCGAUGGCACCUCGGCGUUAAGUAAAUGGCAUUUUCUUAAUCGCUUUGAGGAUUACUUAAGUCGUUAUGAAGCAAUCAUACACAAAUACUUAAGCGAGUUUAAUUUCAAGCUUACUGAACUAGAGGACCUGCAGCCAAUUGACAGUCACGAGGCCUACAGCUACUUGUUACUGUGGGAAUGCAUAAUUAACGCUUGCGCCAAGUCGCCAGUAGCACUGCGCUCUAUUUACACAAACUGGUUGAUUGAAAACAAAUAUGAAGAGAGUUUUCUACAUUUUCUCUUCCGUGCGAUGCCUGUAGAUAUACUGAGAAAUCAUGGUGCCAAGGUCCACAGCAAUGGCGUGUAUAAGGAGCUCAGCUGGAGCCAGUUGAAAGAUCGUAAACUCUCACUUGAGCGCUAUGUCUGCCAUUUGUACACGGAGGUGCUUCGGAAGCUGCCCGCCGUUGUGCGAAAGUGGUGGAACACUAGCCAGUCGCGGCAAAAGAAUUUUGUAGACAAUCUAACUACAAACUAUGUCAGCUCGUUGAUUUGUAGCGAAGAGCUGAAGGCGAUUGCUAAUCGUAAGGAGAAGCACGAGAAUAUGCAGGUAACUGUGCACACAUCAACACGCGAGGUUCUAGCUGUUUAUGCUAUUGAUGAAGCGCGCAUGGAGCUAGUCAUUACAUUGGCGCCCAACUAUCCCUUGGGGGCCGUUAAAGUGGAGUGCGGGAAACAAAUUGGCGGCCGAGCCUCCUCACGAAAUGUAGGCAUGCAGUUAACCAUCUUUCUGACACAUCAGAAUGGCACCAUAUAUGACGGCUUAACGCUAUGGAAAAAUAACUUGGAUAAAAAGUUCGAGGGGGUCGAGGAGUGCUACGUUUGCUAUACGGUCAUACAUCAGGACACCUGUCAGCUGCCAAAGUUGACGUGUAAGACAUGUAAAAAGAAAUUUCAUGGACCUUGUUUGUACAAAUGGUUCACUACGAGCAGCAAAUCUACGUGCCCCAUAUGCCGAAAUGUCUUCUAAUUAUCAAUCGUUUACAAUAGCAGCACGGCACGUAUUAGGUUGGCACACCCCCACAUAGUUAAUAGUUAAAUUUUGGUUAUACUUAUUAUAUUAAAACAGCAAUAAAACCACUAGGGAAAUAAUCUGAAAGAGUUAAAA